CGACGAGCUUCACCUUCAGCUGCAGCUUUUCUUCUGUCAAUCAGUCAUCGAUAAAGCGUGUUUUCAGGAUGUCUCGGGGCUCGAACGCGGGGUUUGACCGACACAUCACCAUCUUCUCCCCCGAGGGACGCUUAUAUCAAGUCGAAUAUGCGUUUAAGGCCAUCAGUCAGAGCGGACUGACCACGGUGGGCAUCAGAGGAGUGGACUGUGCAGUUCUGGUCACGCAGAAGAAAGUGUCGGACACACUCCUGGACGCCUCUACAAUGACAAACAUGUUUCGCAUCACUCCACGCAUCGGCUGCGUCAUGACUGGACAUUACGCUGACAGUCGCUCUCAGGUUCAUCGUGCGCGUAUCGAGGCUGGCGAGUGGAAGUAUAAGUUCGGCUAUGAUGUGCCGGUGGACGCUCUGUGCCGGCGUCUGGCUGAUCUGUCUCAGGUCUACACACAGAACGCAGAGAUGAGGCCGCUGGGCUGCUGCAUGAUGCUGAUCUCCAUGGACCCCCAGAAGGGCCCCAUGCUGUAUAAGUGUGACCCGGCGGGAUACUUCUGCGGCUUCAGGGCCACCAGUGUGGGAGUCAAGCACACCGAGGCCAACAGCUACCUGGAGAAGAAGAUCAAGAAGAUGCAGAAGAAGAAGGAGGAGGUGGAGCUGGACUUUGACAGCAGCGUGCAGAUGGCGAUCUCCUGCUUGUCUUCUGUUCUCUGCAUGGACUUUAAGUGCACUGAGCUGGAGGUGGCCGUGGUCACUAAAGAAAACCCUAAAUUCAGGACUCUGUCAGAAGUGGAGAUCGAGCGUCAUCUGGUUGCAAUCGCAGAGAGAGAGUGAUCAGUGUGUGUGUGUGUGUGUGUGUGUGUUUUCUACUUUUACACUGCUCUGUUACUCCACACCCUCAGUCCAGACACCAGCAGACUCUCAAAUAAACCAAUAUUACUGUCCACCGUCAUCGUCUACUGCACUUACUGUACACACACACACACACUCUUCUGUUCUGGUACUGUGGUGAUUUUUGAAGCAGCGCUGUGUUUUCUCCACAUGAUGGCGACACUUGCUCAUGUCCUGUGGACUUAAUUCAAAUGCAUCUUUGUAGAGAUUAUUUUACUGACAAACCCACAACACACUGACCAGAGCUUUAAUGAAGUGUACAGACAUUUACAAAUAAACCCGGAUUUUGGACUUUUCUAGUUGAUUUGUGUGGAGCUUUUGCUGUUUACUAUAUAUACAGUCCAGAGAUUCCUCAUGAACAUCUUCAGGUCUCCUCAUGUCCACACACACCUUCAUAUUACAAUAAGAAUAAAGCACAAAUGACUUUAUUAAAGAA